UUUAAGUAACAUAUAAUUUGUAUUUUUUUUUUGUUUUUCUUGUCGCAGGCAGAAAUUAAAGGACUGAAUAUACUUAAAAAUGAAUAGUAUAGGCGAAGCAUGCAACGACCUUAAGAAAGAAUAUGAUGACUGUUUCAACUCCUGGUUUUCCGACCAUUUUUUAAAAGGGCGCACCAAUGAUUCAAUGUGCGCUCCUUUAUUUAAAGUUUACCAAGAAUGUGUGAAAAAAGCCAUGAAAGAACAGAAACUGGACUUUGAGGAGGUCAAGAAGGAUCUUCUAGGAACACCUGAAGAAAAGAAGGCACCUCAGAAUUCAUGACAGGCAGCUAACUUUGAACAAAAUGCAGAGUUGGAGUAACAUCAAAGGUUGUGUUCUGAAGGCAUUGUCUUAGGUAGCUAAUACCUAAUAAUAAAGUCAUUUAUAUUUUU